GUACCAUGCCAUCCAAUACAUCUUUCCUAGCGUACGGUUGCUUAGAGUGGCGAAAGAGUAGUUAAAUUGUAUCUAAUCUAUACGAGGACGGUGUUAAAUUAUGGUUAAAGGACAAUCUUUAAUAUAUCGAAUAGCAACUUCUAUAAUCUAUGGACCUUGAAUACUUUACUAUUCGCUUAAUUGACGGUACGGAAGCUUGCAUAAAGAAUCCUAUGUUUAUAGAAAGAUGCCUAAUUUGGCGGCCCCACGUUACAUACCGAGAGUACUGGCGACUAAUAUACCACUGCUUAUAUCUGAGUGCCAGCUACUGCUUACUAUGGUCUCGGCUUAAGGAGGUGUUCAGCGUGAGAAUGGUAGCCAAGAUUAUUUGCUUUGGACUGGGCGAUAUGUGUCGUGGACCUCUAGAGUGGUAUAGGCGCACGAUCCAGCAUUCGGUCGCCUUAACUAUGGCGGAUAUGUGUACAAAGGAGAUGCUGAAAGGGAAAGGCUUCUUGAUUAUUAGGCCUUUUAGGGCGGGAGGCUUUACUGAGAUCAAAGAUGACUCUAUAAUAUUUUCGGCCUUUGCCGACCUAGAAUCUCCUUGUAUGAAAAAGAUGUGGGAUGAGUAUAAAAGAUAUGAUUUUCUAGUCUUACCUGAAGACGUAGAGCUACUAAAAAGCGUAUCCUAAGUUAUAAGUGAAUGAAUUGGGCACGGCACGGAGAAUUAGCGCUAGAAGGAAAGAGUAUAUUAAUUAUGAAUAGGAAAGAUGUGUGCUUGCUACUUGUUGGAUAUAAAUGUUAGUAAAGACUAUAUAUAGGGAAAGUCUAACCUUCCUCUCCUUAUCUACUCCUAACCACAUUCCUUCUCUUAGCCUUCUUGCCUUGAACCCGAUGAUUAGC